GUGAGUCAAAAUCAGUCACACGCUUCACCCCUGGCCAUCAUGUCGCGAGCACGUCCCUGCAUCUUCCUUAACUUCUAAAUCAUGCAGAGGACGACGAAGCGGACGUGAGGCACGCAUUCAUCCCGCGAGAUCUGCACCGAGGUUCUCCAAUGGAAGCAGCCACGAAUUAUGGGGUUUGUGAGCAGCAGAAGAAGAAGAAUGAUGGGGUGUCCUGGAUUAGUGCUGGGGAUGGGGUUGGUGAUCACUUGGCUUCGCUGCGUUUCGACGUUCAAGUUCGAGACCGGACAGUGCCCUGGGAUGUCCGUCGUCAAAAAUUUCAAUAUUAAUAAGUUCUCCGGUCUCUGGUACGUGAUUCAGAUGACCAACACAGCGACCCGGUGUUACACGAUGGAGUUCAAGGAAGGGAAGAAAGGCAGUGAUUUCUCCAUCGAUGUCAACAAGGAAGUGUGGGGUCUCGUCGCCGCAGGAAUUUACAACCAUGUUUCGUACACUUCCCUUGGCUACAGCUCGGGGUCCGGCGGCGCACAGAUGGUCAUCGCUUACCCUACAGAUGCCUUCGGAGACGUGGCGAUGCAGGUUGUGGACGUCAGCUACGACUCGUGGGCGUUGCUGUGGGCGUGCAAGAAGUCCAUGUUUGGGCACAUGGAGGCGGGCAUCAUCCUGAGUCGGUCGACGGGCAUCGGAUCUGGGACUCUGGAGAAGCUGCGUGAUCUCUUUGCAACGAACGGGGGAGAACUGGACUCCCUGGCCACGGUGCAACACAGCCAGUGCUCGGGUGGAGGAGGAUCGAAAUUCAGCAUCGAAUUCGACCCGAAGCAAGACAAUUCAAACGUCAACUUCGACUCGAUUAUGAGCCUCGACUCUGGCGGAGGAGGUGGAGGAGGAGGUGGAGAUAGUGGAGGAGGUGGAGGAAGUGGAUCUCUCAACCCGUGCGUCGAAGAGGGAGAAUAUUACUACUAUUACCACGAGGACUGUCCUGAUGACGUCAACAACCCGAUGUACAUGACCCUCGAGGAGUUCGAGAAUGGAGGAGCUGAUGACGGAGGAGGAGGUGGAGGAGGAGGUGGAGGGGGUGGAGGAGAUGGAGGAGGAGGAGGAGAAAUUGGCGAGGACGAUCCCUGCUUCUUCGUGAAUACAGAUUACUAUUGGGAAUACAGCGAGGUUUGCCCACAGGACGUGGAUUACGCCAUUACUGUGGACGAAUAUUAUGACCUGUACGGCGACCAGUUGGAGAAUGAGGAUUACUAUGAUUACUAUGACUACGAGGACGGUGAGGGAGAUAGCUACUACAACUACUACGAGGACGGCGAGGGAGACACCUACUACGACUACUAUGAGGACUAUUACGAGAGCGAUGGGAACAGCAGCGAUAGUGACUACUAUGGUGAUUACUACUAUGACGAAAACGGGAGCGAGGGUGACUACUACGACUACUACGACUCCGGCUACGACUACGACCCGGACAAGUUCGAAGGGCGUCGGUGCGUCGUUAUCAUGGACGAGGAGCCUGUGGUGUACGACGAGUGUCCCGACGACCUCCUGUACUACGCCUACUUACCCGAAGAGUACUACGUGUACGAGGACUUCGCGGGGUCGCCGUGCUACACCUUCGCGGACGGGGAAUACCAGUACUACGAGGAGUGUCCUGAGGGGGCCGUGGGACCCAUCCCCGCGGCCUUCGUGGAUUUCGACGACGCCACCGCCAGGAUGGGCAAGAAGCCGCUCAUGGGGAAGACCAAGAGGAAGGAAGAGAGGAGGGAGAAGAGAAAGGAGAGGCGCAAGAAGAUGAGGAACAGGAAGAAAAGGAGGAAGGACAAGGACGGGAGGAAGAAAGGAGCCGGAAAGGACGGGAAGGCGAAAGGAGCCAAGGGAAACAAGAAAGGAAAGGGUAAAGGGAAGAACAAGAACAAAAACAAGAAAAACCGAAGGAAGAACAAGAAAUCCCGAAGCGAAAUCGACGACCUGGAGAAGAUCAAGAAACCGAAGGGCGAGGACCUCCUGCGCCUGAUCAGAAACAACAGUAAAGUCCAAAAGCUCUUGAAAGAAGCGGGGGUGUCGUGGAGGGACCUCACUGCCGACAUCAGACUGUCCAAACUCCGGAAAAUGGUGAAUAACAAGAAACUCUGGAAGGAGAUUCGCCAGGAACUCGUCCCCAAGAGGGUGAGCAACGGGUGGCAGAGGCGAAUGGACAAGCCGCAGGGGUUGGAGCUGUGGCUGAUGCUCACGACGAACAAGAAGCUGAUCAAACUCCUGCUCAAGGCGGAGGUCGAGCUCACGGGAAGUCCCUUCGACCUCCGCUUCGACGACCUCCGCAAAAUGAUCAAGAACAAGAAGAUUUGGAAGAAAAUCAGUAAGAUCUUGAUGAAGCUGAAGGGGAAGAAAAAUAAAGAGAAAGGGAAAGGAAAAGGUAAGAAGAAUAGAAAGAGAAAGGGGAAGAAGAAUAGGAAAAACAAACGAACGAGUGUGAAGGAAAUUUUGAUAAAAUCGAAGGAAAUGACAGACUUGUUAAGGAAGGAAGGAGGAAUCAGCGUCGAGGGCCUUCCAGACGACGUCAAGCUCUCCGACCUCAAGAAGAUGAUAAAGAAAAAGGAUGUCUUCAAAACCAUAAAAGAUUACGUCUUGGGAACGAGGAAGAAAGACGAAAGGAAGAAUAAGCGAACGAGCGUGAAGAAAAUACUUAUGGAAUCGAAGGAAAUGACAAACUUGCUGAAAAGGGAAGAAGCAAUUAGUGUCGAGGGCCUUCCAGACGACGUCAAGCUCUCCGACCUCAAGAAGAUGAUAAAGAAAAAGGAUGUCUUCAAAACCAUAAAAGAUUACGUCUUGGGAACGAGGAAGAAAGACGAAAGGAAGAAUAAGCGAACGAGCGUGAAGAAAAUACUUAUGGAAUCGAAGGAAAUGACAAACUUGCUGAAAAGGGAAGAAGCAAUCAGUGUCGAGGGCCUUCCGGACAGCACUCGACUCCCAGACCUGAAGACGAUGAUAAAGAAGAAGGAAAUCUUCAGGAUCGUAAAGGAAUACGUCCUGGAAAUAAGGAAAUUGGAAACGGAGAGGAAGGACAGGAAAAACAGAAAGAGAAAAAGAAAGAGACAAGGAAAGAAGUCGAAGAAAAACAAACGAACGAGUGUGAAGGAAGUUUUGAUAAAAUCGAAGGAAAUGACAGACUUGUUAAGGAAGGAAGAAGGAAUCAGCGUCGAGGGCCUUCCAGACGACGUCAAGCUUUCCGACCUCAAGAAGAUGAUAAAGAAAAAGGAUGUCUUCAAAACCAUAAAAGAUUACGUCUUGGGAACGAGGAAGAAAGACGAAAGGAAGAAUAAGCGAACGAGCGUGAAGAAAAUCCUCAUGGAAUCGAAGCAAAUGACAAACUUGCUGAAAAGGGAAGAAGCAAUCAGUGUCGAGGGCCUUCCAGACGACGUCAAGCUCUCCGACCUCAAGGCGAUGAUAAAGAAAAUGGAAGUCUUCAAAACCAUAAAAGAUUACGUCUUGGGAACGAGGAAGAAGAAAAAGAAGAAGAAAAGGAAAGAGAGAAAAAAGCAAAACAAAAAUUCAAAGAACAAACAAGAAACCGUUAAAGAAUUGCUAAUGAACUCGAAAGAAAUGAGGAAUAUUCUUAAGGAAGAAGGCAUUAGUGUCGACGGUCUUCAGGACAAUGUGAAACUUUUUGACCUCAAGGAAAUGAUGAAGAACAAGGAAAACUUCAAAAAGGUCAAGGAAUUUGUCUUAAGAGAGAGAAAUAAGGCACCAAAGGACAAGAAAUCGAAUGAGAAGAAGAAGAGGAAGAAGAAGAAGAAGAAGAACGAAAAGGAAAAUCAGAAAAAGGAGACAUCGUUCGUGAAGGUGAAGAACGGAGAUGGAAAGGACAAGAAGGAAAAAAACAAUGAUAAGAAAGAGGGGAAAGGCAAAGAUGAGAAUAAAAAGGACAAAAAGAAUGUAGCUAAAAAGGAUGAUGUAAAGGACAAGAAGGAAAAGAAAAAGGAUGAUAAUAACAACAACAAUAAAGAUAAGAAAACGCAAGGGAAAGACAACAAAGAAAAAGAAAAGACAAAUGACAAAAACAAGAAUAAAGAUAAGAAGAAAGACAAAGAUGAUAAAAAUAAAAAUGAGAAGAAAGACAAAGAUGAUAAAAAUAAGAACAAGGAUAAGAACAACAAGGAUGAAAAGAAGAAUAAAGAUGACAAGAAGAAGAAUAAAAAUAAUGACAAAGAAAAAAGCAAAAAUAAAAACAAACGCGAAGUUAUGCCUUACGUAAGCAAAGAAAAGAGGAAUAUAAAAUGAGAAUAAUUAAUAAGACAGAAAAAGGAACAAGAAAUGAUGGAUAAAAGGGAGGAACGAACUAAAAAAAGACUAAUAAGAAGAAUAGAUAUAAAAUAACCUACGAAAGCGAAAAGGCAGGAAAGUAAAAAUAGAUAAAUAGAAAAGCAAAUAAGUAAAAAAAUAAACUACAAUGAUAAAGAUGACACAUAAUAGAUGAUAAUAGGAAUAAUUUAGUGUAUAAAGAUAAUUAUGAUCACGAUGGUUAAUGUUGAUGACUGCAGUAAUAAUGAUGAUGACUAUGAAUAUGAUAUGAUAAUGAUGAUGGAAAUAAGGAUAAUGAUAAUUAUAAAGAUACUGAAUAAUUAUCAGAAAAAAAAUCAUUUAUGGAAACCAUAGGUGGCAAAAAAACAAAACAAAAAAACGUGUUUCUGAUCAUUUCAAGCUAGGUAUUAUAAGAACCUAUAAUUUCCUUUUAAAUGUAUAGUAAUCCUUGUUAUCAUCAUCAUCAAGUCCCUAUGGCGUCUCACUAUUCAUGUAUUAGAGAAAAAAAAUAAAAAUAAAAAUAACAGCCGAAAUUCCGCCCACCUCGCAUGCUGUAUGUGGAGGUGGGGGGGGGGAGUUAGUCGAGAAGCCUUCUUGCUUGGUUGAACUUUGAUAAAUAAUUAAUCGUAGCUACAAGCGUGUUCAUUACGUCAGCUUAUACUUCCUGAGUAAUAUAUAUAUAUAUAUAUAUAUAUAUAUAUAUAUAUAUAUAUAUAUAUAUACACACACAUAUACAUAUAUACACACAUAUA